GGAUGGAGUGUGAGUGUGUGAGAGUCUGAGCGCGUGAGUGCAGGAGAACGCAGGAGGAGCAGGACGCAGCGCGCGCACUGGUGCUGUACUUGUACUGGACUUGAACUUGAACUGCUGGCUGGUUUUGGUUAAAGGAGAACGUGGAGCGCGCGCCCGGUGAUUGGUUUGAUCCUGUGUCUCAGAGGGACUGUACUUCUGCAUCCAGCCAUCCAGCCUCUCCGUUACAGGACACCGGACACACUCCGCGCGCGCACCAGCUGCUCGUUUUUGCGUAGUUGCGUAGUUACGCGUCCCCGUGCCUCUCCGUUUCCCCGCGACAGUGGUGCUCCGGAUCAUGCUCGUGCGCCUGUGCGCGUGGCUGGCGCUCGCUCUCUCGUGCGGCGCUCCCCGCCGCCUUUUGCUGCUGGCUUCGUACGUGCCGUGCGAGCCGUGCGACCAGAAGGCGCUGUCCAUGUGCCCGCCGGUGCCCGUGGGUUGCCAGGUCGUGAAGGAGCCCGGCUGCGGCUGCUGCACCACGUGCGCGCUGGAUGAGGGACAAGCGUGCGGCGUGUACACGGGACCGUGCGGCCGCGGGCUGCGCUGUCUGCCGCGCGCCGGCGAGGAGAAGCCGCUGCACGCGCUGCUACACGGCAAGGGAGCAUGCACCAACGAGAAGGCGUACAAACCGGUGCACGGAGCGCGCGAUCGGGAGUCUCUUGAGAUGAGUGUUUCAGAGAUGACGGAUGAUUUGCUUCCUCAAGCCAAAGUGCCUCUGCUCCCUCGAGAUCACAUCGCCAAUAAGAAGGUCCACGCCGUUCGGAAGGACAAGAAGCGUAUUCAGACCAGACUGAAGCACGUCGGCCACACUGACUACUCUUCCUUCAACAUAGAAAAGCACCAGUCUGAAAUAGGGCCGUGUCGAAGGAAGCUGGAUGGAAUUAUCCAGAGGAUGAAAGAUGCCCCCAGAAUCAUGGCUCUAUCUCUCAACCUGCCCAACUGUGACAGAAAAGGCUUCUUCAAACGCAAACAGUGUAAGCCCUCCAGGGGGCGUAAGCGGGGCAUCUGCUGGUGUGUGGAUAAGUACGGAGUGAUAAUCCCAGGUACAGACUACAGCGGGGGGGACAUCCAGUGCAAAGACCUGGAGAGCAACAGCAACAACAACGAGUGAGGGGUCUCCGCCCCUUUCCUGUCUUCCUCGCCAUAAUCCAUCCACUGCCAAUCACUUAAAUACUCCUCCUGUAAUGUAAAGAGCCUGUCCUUAAUCUCAGAUUAGGCUGAGUUUAAACGUAGACAUGUCCUGUGACAGAUCAUAUAUCAUCUGUGAACCUUCUAGGAAUCCUCUAGGAAUCCAGAGUCCGUCAUCUCAGCAACAAGCCGAACUGUUUUUGUAUUCGUAAGCCGACUCAGUGCACUAAGAUAUCGUCGCAUAUCAUAUCAGAGCAAUAACGGAGUUAUGGGCUGUAAGAUUUAACGACUGUUGUUAUGAAAGCAAUAUUAGGAACUGUUGUGAGGUGUGUAUGAUUGUGAAGGUGGUUCAAUUCCAUUGUAUCUGUGCAUUUUGGAGCUUGUUUGCACCUUGCUUUAACAUGAUUGGAUGGAUUUCUGUCCGAACGUAGUUCAAAUUCAUAUUGGCGACGUUUUCGUUUGACGGGAUUCGUUUCUCGUGUGUGAAAAUAAUUUUUUGCUUUCUUGCUCACACGACACGAACCCCAGUCUCCCACAAGAUAGGGUAGCUUACUGGCAUGUGAUGGUGGUGUUAUCCACUACACCACACCAAUCACAGGCAUGCCAACAACUACAAACAUUUAUAUAGGAUGUAAGGCAUGUAAGGAUCUUGGAGCUUGGAGCCAUUUCUGAUUCCUCCUAUCAGGCUUUGCUCAAACUCACACUCUGAUAAUCCAUGUCCAAUGAGCACAUUUCCAGUAUUUAGGCUUCACUCACAAAAGAUAGCACCUCAGAACUUAUACAGGUGUGUGGUGACCAGUGAUCAGUGAAUAAUAAUAAUACGAUCAAGUGACUUUUGCCAUGUGAGAUAUUAGGAUAUAUGAUAUUAUCACAAUGCCUGAAGAGGAUGAAAUAGUCCUAAAUAGGCAAUAAGCGGGAAUUAUUAUUAUGGAUUUAUUGGUGUCAGAAAAUCAGAAUUUGACAACCAAUGAAGAAGUAACAUAAGUAAAUCCAAUUGAGGUUUAAGUCUUAGUGAGUUAUUAAAAUAUUGAAUAGCAAAAAUUAAGUUUAUUUCCACUCCUAGUGAGUAUAUGCACCAAAAAAACUUCCAAAUAUUCUCUUAAAAUACUCAAAAUCAAUGGCUCUUUGAAGAACCAUGAACAAUCCAAGAACCAGUUAUAAGUUCUAUAGAGGAAGAAGGGUUCCACAAUUGUUAAAAACACUUCCCUGUCAUUAUUUCUUUUUAUACAAUGACAGACAUUAAACUAAUUCUCUGGUAAAGAGUGACCCUUGUACAAAACACGUUACACUCAUCUGGCGAACUCCAGAAAAGUUCGUACGUGAUCUGAACUCCAGAAACUGAACAUGGUUGACGCAAGGUGUGAACAGCUUCUUAGCUGCGAGAUUUUUUUGUUUUUGUACGACAUAUUUGUUUUUUUCAUAACUCAAUGUGCAAUGUAAAUGACUGUCAGUGCUGGUGAUGUAAGUCAGCUUACUCGUUUUCUUCCCUAUAGCGACCGUCAGCCGUAGCUGAUCACAGGAAGUGAGCAUAUUAGCAUCUUAGCAUAUUAGCAUUGUAGCAUAUUAGCAUCAGAUUAAAUCAGAUUCAGAGCAUAGCACAGAUUCAUUACAGUAUCUAGCCGAUGGUGAAGAACUGAUCAUCUCAGUUAAAGCUAGCACAAUCUCUUCACAUAUAUAUUUAAUAUAUAUAAUAUACAGCGCUGGAUAAAAUGAAGAGAUCACUUCAGUUUCUGAAUCAGUUUCUCUGAUUUUGCUAUUUAUAGGUUUAUGUUUGAGUAAAAUGAACAUUGUUGUUUUAUUCUAUAAACUACAGACAAUAUUUCUCCCAAAUUUUAAAACAAAAUAUUGUCAUUUUAGAGCAUUUAUUUGCAGAAAAUGAGAAAUGUGAGAAAUGGCUGAAGUAACAAAAAAGAGAGUAAUGUAAAGAAAACAAGUUCCUAUUCAAAAUUAAGUUUUAAAAGUUCAGAAAUCCAUAUUUGGUGGAAUAACCCUGGUUGGUUUUUAAUCACAGUUUUGUUUUCAUGCAUCUUGGCAUCAUGUUCUUUCUCCUCCACCAGUCCUACACACUGCUUUUGGAUAACUUGAUGCUGCUUUACUCCUGGUGCAAAGAAAAAAAAAAUCAAGCAGUUCAGUUUGGUGGUUUGAUGGUUUGUGAUCACCCAUCUUCCUCUUAAUUAUAUUCUAGAGGUUUUCUCGAAUUUGGUCAAAGAAUCAAAGAAACUCAAAGAAAAUAAUUUUUAAGUGGUCUCUUAUUUUUUCCAGAGCUGUACAAAUACAAAAAUAUAUAUAAACUUUAACUUUUAAAUAUGCAAAUGAGUGGAAUAUUCCAGCAGCCUGCAUUAUUAUUAGGCAGACCUGGAUAUUUGAAUACAGGAUGGGACAAAAAAAGAAAAAUCAUCUCGCCAUUUCUCUCUCCCACCGGCAGCAUCCGCUCCUGGGGGUCCUCGGGUUCUCAUGGAAAUCUCAGUGCCUUUUUCAAACUCUAACACAUUUGAAUUCUGAUUUACAUGAAGAUCGCAAAGGAAAAAAAACACACACACACACACACACACACAUUGCAUUCAAAUUGAGAAGGAUGGAGAACAGGAGAGCAUUUGUAUGAUGAACAACAGGAGGAACUGAGCUUCCAGCACGCGGCCGAUCGAUCGCUUUCAGAAUUUGGUGCUUCAGCUUUUUAAAGGACAUUUUCUCUUAGAUACUUUAUGCUCACCUGACGACACCUUGCACACCCUGCAAGAACGACACUGUGCAUUACUGCUUCUGGAGAACUGAUGGCAGACUGAUGAAUUAUAAUAAGUCCAAACCUCACCUCGCAUCAGUAAAAAGACACUGUAAAAAGAAGCUGUUGAAUGAACUCAAAAUAUACCUGGAUUUAAGUAAGUAAAUGAUGUAGGGUUGAUGAUGCUGCAGUUGGUCUGCAGUAGGGCUGCACGAUAUAUAUAUAUAUGUCACAUCGCAGGACAUGCAAUGUCACUCCUAAAUCAAAUGAAUCAAAGAUAUCAUGUUGCAAUGUUUUGAUUUCUGACAGAAGAAGUAGAUACACAGUGCUGUCUCUGUGUCUGUGUGUGUGACAGGCUGCUGCUGCCCGAGAAGCAUGGCCUCCAUCCACAUGGUUGGGCACAUGCUUGUGAAAACACACAUGUGGAAAGCUGCACUGUGUGCCAGCACAGUUUUGCUGAAAUACAGAUAUUUCCAGUUACAGCUGAAUUCACGCUUUUAAUCCCAGAAAAACAAAUGCUCUUAUUUACCUUUAAAAAGCCAUUUAAAUGUCUGAUUAAAGGGCUAAUUACUGUUGUUUUGCUGUUUUCCUCAGGUUUUAAGUUCAACUCGGCUCUGACUCGUGCCCUGCAUUGUUUAAUAUUGCGAUAUAUAUCGUCGAGCCCUAGUCUGCAGGUUUAGGUUCCGCAACAGUAUGUGCUGAAAGAAUGAGGUCAGCUGACUACCUGAAUAUACUGAAUAUAGACCAGGUUAUUGUUCCAUCAAUGGACUUUAUAUUUCUUCCCUGAUGAUACACACAGCCAUAUUUCAACAUAACAAUACCGAGUUCUUUCAACAGUUUCUUCUUUACAGUGCAGAUCACAUGAUUGUAAAUAAGACUUUAAGAUGACCCAAGGUUUUUCUUCGUGUUUAUUAUUUUUGUUUUUUUCUUUAAGCCGCUUUCCUUAAAGAUUCUGGCACUUUAAGACGUUCAAAUGUGACUCAUCGUAAAUAAAAUCUCUUUAACGUUAAUGUUUUAAUGCAGGACGAUUCCGCUCGCUGUAGUGGGAGAUCUGUAGCAUGUAUAGUGAUCUUUAUUCUGCCAACCAGAAUGUGACAGGGUUUAUGUAGUGCCUAUUUCUGAAAAAAUAUAUAUAAAUAUAUAUAUUUAGGCCUAAUUUCAGAUUAAAUCAAUUUUUUUUUUCGUUCUUCUAAAUUUGUAAACCAAAUAAAAACAUAUACUGUGUGAAAUUCAUAGAAAUUCAUAUCAAAUGGAUAUUUCCUUUUGAUGUCUGCAUGACAAACACAAAGCUUUCGAUUGGUUUCUUAGAAUAAUCUCUCAAGGAAUUGUUAAUUUCCUUUUAAUGUGACCUUAAAAUAGCUCAGACUGUCAGAUUGUAACCAUGAGUGAUAAAAGUUGGGGUUGUAUUUCUGCAUAAAACAUCAGAAUAUUAGUGUGUGGUAUUUAUUACCUGCGUAAUUUAUAUGUACUCCUACCUUUGUCUCUUUUGUAAUGGAAAAAAAGCAUUUAUUUAAAUAUAGUUAUGUACUCAAUUAUGAGAAUAAAUAAAUAAAAUAAUGUGGUUAUUUCU